GUCCGCAGCGGGAGACACCUCGGGCAUGAUCUAAGCCCAACAGCGCCGAGAAACUCAUCCUUCAGUCCCCCCAAGCAUUCACCCGAGCAUUCUACAUACCUCUCGCUGCAACUCUCCUAGCGUAUCACGUCUUGCAUGCGAUGCACGACAGAAUGGCGCGGGAUCAGAAGGCAUUGCCGUAAAAACAGUGACUAAUACUUUAAUACUAAUGUUUUGCCUUGACUCUUGUUACUAUCUGUUCUGUACAUAUAUUGCGUGUAUUUACCCAUUAUGCCUUUCAGCCUGGGCAGAAUAUACCUCGGCGAGAUAAUAAUACGAAAAUCUGCCUAUCCACCAACUACUACCUGAGCAAUUCUGCUUGUCUCGGAUCUUAUUCGGCUUGAGGGUUUUAAUACUCAUCUAUCUUGCUGAAUAAAAUCUUACUAUUACGUCCAGCAUAUUUUGUUUUACACCGACUUCUGUUUCGCAACUCCAACUACCGUUAGACAUCUGGUAUCCUACUGCGACAAUUAGUAUACGUUUCGUGAAAUUUGCCUACCAACCAUAAAGAUGUCGCGUUACCAUGACAGCCGUUCUCGCGGGCGGUCGAGCCACCAUCGGGACCGUUCUCCCGGCUACACAUACUCGGGAGGCGACUACCCAAUAUCCUACGAGGAAAGCCGACAACUUGCAAACACGACAAACCCUACGUACGAUGAGUCGCCGCCUUUAAAACAGCUAACUUAUGAACCGCACCCGUCUCAGUCGUCGUCGAGCUUACAAAUACCCGAAUCGCGCUCGCGACCUAGAUCUCUCCCCUCAGGUGAAUAUCGGAGAUCAAGUCGCGGAAGGAGAAAGGACAGAGAUCACGACAGAGACAGCGAUAGCGAAUACUCUGAUGACAGCCGGACGCGGACUCCAAUCGACAAGGCACGGAACUUUGUCGAUAACAACUUUUCCAACUCUACUGCGGGCCUUGGAAUUGGCGUACUUGGCGCAUUAGUAGGUGGCUUAGCGGCUAGGGAAGCAGUCGACGCUACAAACAAGAACAACGGCCACCACCACCACGAAACCCCUGACCAGAAGCGCAAGCAACUCAUCGGCACGAUGGUCGGUGCAGCCGUUGGUGCGCUCGGCGCAAACGCGGUCGAGAAGCGGCUCGAGGUGCGGCGCGAAAGGGACAGGCUCGAGCAAGAGGAAUGGGAGCGCAGGUUCAGGUCGGACCGCGACGUCAUUGAGAAGCGCGAGGUUAUCGCUCGCCCACGCGGUAGUAGCGGCUCUAGCUGGAGAAGGGAUUGGGAUGAACGCGACUACGGUCGUUCUCGAAGCCGCGGCCUCGAGCGCGAGGUUGACCCGGAGGCCCGCAGCUGGAAAAAUGUCGAGGAUUGGCUGAACGAUGAACGGGACGAUGAUAGGCCAAGGUCGAACGGACGUAGAAGCGCGGACGGCGAGUAUCGCUACUGAUAAGAUUAGGUAUAUUAUCCGCGUCAAAGCGCGUGUGGCACUACCUGCAGUAGUUACUUCUAUCCUUUUGAUUGAACUACGCUGCGUAAUGUAGAUAUUCUCUUUUGUUACGUAAGAUGGAGUUCCACAAAUUUAGAUGUCGAGAUGAGAUCUAGCGCACGGGCAAACGGUAUUCAUGAUUCGGUAUUUUUAAUUCCUUGGCUUUUAUAUAUCAUAUAAGUGAUAAGGGUCGUAGCAAUAAUAGAAAUAUCUUAAAAUUAUAUUCUAUCUGGCAAUUACUUUACCUAGAUAGCUACAUCUUCUUUACCUUGAGCAAAAUUUAAAAUAAGAAGG